UGGCGUCGGCGGCGUCGGCGGCGUCGGCGGCGGCGGCGGUGGUGGUGGUGGUGGUGGUGGUGGUGGUGGUGGUGGAAAAAGCAGAGGAGAAGCCGCUCAGCGGACGCCAUCUCCGCGUUAUCGGCAAGCGGAUCCCCCGGGACUCCCCCCCAAGCAGCUUCGACGUCGCGCACCCUCGCUGGGAAUUACCCCGCGACAGAAGCCACCCUGAUGGGAGUGUAUGAGGAGCGCGCCCCUCCUACCACCGGCAUGCACUGGCCGGCCAGCUCGCAGGAGCGCGGGAGCGGCUUGGCUGUGGGGCGUCAAGGGGGGCCCGGUAGUGCGGGGGGCCCCGGAGCAGUCGAGCAGGCAAGGGACCUAAGUCCCUGCCUCCCCGCGUCGAUGGGCGACGCUGCACGACCCACCACCUUACCGUGCAGUCCUCCCGCCGCCCACCACCACGGGUCCCAUCAUACGCCCCAUCACGCGUCCCAUCAGACGUCCCAUCAGACGCCCUUACAUCAAACCCAUUGCGGAACCAACAAUAAUUGCUACGACGGUCCAACCACCCCCUACGAUUCGAGGGACUACGAUUCGCCCGGAGGUGGAUCGGAGUACAGAAACAACAACGGUAGUUUCGAUAAUAAUCCGAGUGACUUGAGUAUGCCACCACAAGGGAGUCAUCAUCACCAUCACCACCAUCAUCAUUCGCAUUUGCAUGCGCAAACUCAUACGCAAGAACAACAAACCUCCGAGCAUUUGCAGACCAUUCCGAAACUCGAGCCACCGCCAACGCCACCGGCACAAUCCGAGGAUGUUCCUGGAGUUGUCUGUGCGGGUUGUGGAUUAAGGAUAUCCGACAGGUAUUACCUUCAGGCGGUCGACAGGAGAUGGCAUGCUUCGUGUCUUCAGUGUUCUCACUGUCGUCAGGGUCUCGACAACGAAGUCACUUGUUUCUGUAGGAAUGGAAAUAUAUAUUGCAAGAAGGAUUAUUAUAGGAUGUUCGGGAGCUUGAAGAGAUGUGCGCGAUGCCACGCCGCAAUUCUUGCCUCGGAGCUGGUGAUGCGCGCGCGCGACUUGGUCUUCCACGUGCGUUGCUUCUCGUGCGCGGCGUGCGCAGUCCUGUUGACAAAGGGCGAUCACUUUGGUAUGAGGGACGGUACCGUUUUGUGUCGGCUACACUAUGAAAUGGGUGCGGAACUUCAUCCGGCACAGAGCCCACCGGUUCCUGUUUAUCCACCGGGUCCACAUUACGCCGGACAAUUUCCAUCUCCCGAAUUCCUUCAUCAUCAUCACCACCACCAUCAUCAUCAUACGACGGUCGCUGCGGCCGCGGCAGCGGCAGCUGCGGUCGCCGGUCAUGGGCCACCUCAUCCACAUUCGAUGCACCCUCAACAUCCUCACAGUCACAUAAGCCCUGUGCCGCUUCAACCCUCGACGCCGUCAGUCCCCGACGCCGGUUCACCUCCAAAGGUACCCUAUUUCAAUGGCGCAGCGGCAGCAACAACAGUCGUACCACCACCGAGGCAAAAGGGACGACCAAGAAAAAGGAAGCCUAAGGAUCUCGAGGCUAUGACCGCCAGUCUCGACUUGAACGCCGACUACAUAGACAUGCCCUUCGGAAGAGGCGGUCCUGGGACUCCAGGCAUACCUGGCUCCAAUAGUAGAACAAAACGAAUGAGGACGAGUUUCAAGCAUCACCAGUUAAGGACGAUGAAGAGUUACUUCGCGAUCAAUCACAAUCCCGACGCGAAGGAUCUCAAGCAGCUUUCCCAGAAAACUGGCUUGCCAAAAAGGGUACUGCAGGUUUGGUUCCAAAAUGCACGUGCCAAAUGGCGACGCAUGGUAUUGAAGCAAGAAGGGAAAUCGGACAAGUGCGAUAGCGUUGUAGAUGGAGGUUCCUUGGGUGAUCUCGAACUUUAUGGCAACAGCGGCGGAAGUGGUGGCCCACCGAUGAGCCCUCCCUUCAUGCUAGGUGGCCCUCAUAGUCCAGCAUCCCUGGCGUCCUUGGAUUGCGCGUGAUCAAUCUUUGGAAUUUGCACGAUCGAUGAAGACAAUUCAAAAAAAAAAAGAAGAAGAAAAGAGAUGCUACAAAAUUAUCACUAAUUUCUUCGGGGGUGGGGAGUCUGGCUCGACGCUUCCAAAAGGCGAUUCGUUGUUUCUUCUUUUUUUUUUCUCUUUUUCUUUUCCAUUUUUCUUUCUUUUUUUUUCUUCUUCUUUGAUAAAUCCCCUCUCGUGCGAAAGUUUCCUUUCUCUUUCGAUGAAUCGGUGGGAACGAAUACCAGCCAAUCGAGUACCGAUGGAGAUUAUCAUCGAUUUAUAGAAACUCUAUCCGUGCCGUGUUACGAAAGUUAAAAAGGAAGCAGAAGAAAGAAAGAAAGAAAGAAAAAACCAGAAGAAUAAUAACUUCGUAGGAAAAGAUAAUCGAAAAUAGUCGAGAAAAUUCCUUGUAUUUAUUGUAGUCCUAAUCGGCGAACGUCCGUAAACAUCCUUUCUUGUAUAGAAAAGAGAGCUUCGUCUCGCUUAAACUGAAGGGAAUUAUUUCUGAAGGAUGCCAAGGAAGGGAGCCUUCUGCUGAAAGCAAUGUAAUUAGUUCACGAUGUCUAUUUAUUGGUGUAAUCGCUCAGAGGUAAUAAAAAAAGAAAAAAAAAAUAAUAAAAAUAAACAUAAAAAAACAAGCAUUAGCUAACGAUAAAACGAUUACGAUGCAAGCGAGCUGCCCUGAAAUUCAACGUUUCGAUACUUCGAUAACUCCUUUUUUUCUCUUUAUUCCGAUAGAAUCAUCUGACGAAUGAUAUAUAUAUAUAUAUGUAAGUACCUAAUACAUCGUUUUGAAUCAAUCGAAACCUUUACUCGAAGCUUUUUGGCACGUGAAAAAAGAUAAAAGGAAACGUAAAAAACGAAACGUUGAAUUUCGUCGACGAUGUAACACUCGAUAUUUAUAAUUCAAUACGAUCGCGAUUUUUGUUGCUCGGAAGCCAACGAGCGAUGGAAUCCUUGACGUAAUUAUCAUAAUUGUUGUAUAUAAAGGACGUUCCUCGAAUUCUUCUUAAGGCACCGCUAUAGGUUGUAGGGUUAUAAUUGCAUUCGGUAGCGGUCGUGUUUUAGACAACGGUAAUAAUGAUGAUGACGACUAUUAUUAUUAUUACUUCUAUUAUUAAUAUCCUUGUAACGAAUGGAACGAUUGUCUAAUUUUACAAGAUGAUUUUUUCAUUGAAUAUAUUUUGACAAUAUAGAUACGUUUGUCGAUUA